UAAUAAUCCAAUGCUGCUCGAGCUGCGAGCUCCCAACAAGAACAACCACGACAAAUCAGGCCAAUAUUUGCAUGCCAAGCAGCUGGCUCCAACCAAGGCUCCCUUUCUGUCAACGCACCUUCUUCGUAUUCUCUAACUUUCCAUGCGUUGCUUGUUCCCUCUGUUCGUGGAACGGUCGAGGAAAAAGACGGAAGGAAGCCGAGAAUUAAGAGGAAUUAGGCAACAACAAGGACAAACUGUUCCAACCGUCGUCUCCCUUUUUUAUUCCUUGAAAGAAGGACGAAUUCUGGUCCAAGGUUCCCACCCAAGAUUUGUUGGAACGCCACCAGAAUUCCUAGUCACUUAGGGGGUGGUCCGCUCAAGAAAGGCGUUCAGAUGUCGUCCUUGGACUACUUUCCUACCCAGCUCAAGAAGGUCCUGAGUUCUGUUGGUUAAUAGCAAUGCAGCAAUCCUCAAUAGAGCGCAUUGUUAUACCGUUGGUCAGCAAUACAAAAACUUCGUUCCAAAAGGGUAAAGAACGCCCACAAGAACUUGCUAUUGUUUGCCCACUGUAUUAGAUGCGUAUUGAUUUGGACUGGGGCCGCAAGCUCUUCAAAACGAAGUGGUCAUUAUUGUGAAGGACUCUUGCACAAACGUCCGACUUGAUUGUGCAAGUUGGCUAUGCCAAUAACCCGUGAGGUGUAACAAGGUCUUUUCGAAGAUCCUGAGGCUUGGUGAUCUCAAGCGGAAAAUAUCCGAGUGAAACUUUGACUAGCAAUCGAACAUGAGGCUCGUUCCAAAAGAGUGAAAUGACAGAAAUAAAAGAAGAAAAGAUCAAGUCAAAAGACGAGUAAGUGGCUCUUCUUCGCCUCUUAUUCUUAAGUGAGCGUGUGAGGGAAAGAAAGAGUAAGAGAGAGAGAGACUCUUCUUUUUUGUGUUCCGAGACUCUUGGUUCAGUUCUCUUUCGUUGGGUUCCAUAUCUUGGAGAGACAGACUCAAAGGCUCACUUUUUCUCUCUAUGCUGUAGCGAGAGAAGUGGAGAAAAGCUAAAAAGGACUCACUUGGCAUUGCAAUCGAAGAGAGCAGAGAGCCAGAACUGAUUUUAUUCAAGAACUAAAAGGGGAAAUGAAGAAAGGGAACGGCUGGCAUUCCUUUUGAUAUGGUCCUCCGAUCCCUGGCUUCUGGCAUCUAAACAAAUGCAAGACAAAUGCUCUCCCGAUCUCUUUUUCCAUGCAAAAGCGCAAUGAAUGAAUCACCCUCAUUGCCAAAGGGUGUUAAAGACCCUUUGGCUCGGGGCCAUGUGGGCGGCCUUUCGAAUGGGGUACCAGGCAAACGGAUGGCUCCCCAACCGCCCACCAACGGCAAAAAUGGACCAUUGGCCUCAUUGGCCCUCUCGAUGCCGCCGUGUACUCCUUCCACGUGGGCUUCACCACAUUCGUUCGUGCUUUCAAGUUCCCCUGCACCUCAUGAUGGAACCCGACCUAUGGUCAACGGAACCAAUACCAGUCCGUCCACCAACUGGAUCUUGUCCAAUAUGAGACAUGAACAGAAUUGGAAUGGUACUGUCAAGCGUUCACCCCACCAGCCUUCACCCUCCCUGGACUCCCCCUGUUCCACUCCCAAGCAAACCCGAGGGCUGUCCUCCCUCCUGAAUGAUACCAGUCAAGGCUCUUGUGAUACGACUCCAGCCACCCCCGAUAGCCUAAUAGGGUCGUCAUCGCUUAUUUGCAGUGAUGAGGAUGGCAAUAACUCGCAUAAUACCACAGUGCUUCAGGCCCGACAGCAGACGGCCUCGUCAUCGGGUAUUCAUUUGUCUUGCUCGCCUUCAUCUUCGUUAACCUCGCCGCCGUUUGAACUGGCCACAGCGGCGUCCGUGUGGCGCGGUUCCAAUAGUAAUUUGAGCAGCCAGCAACAAAGGGACAACCUCAUCGAGGAGGUAACAACGCCGGUUCCAAUGUGUUCCAAUAACAAUAACAGCCACAGCAAUAACAACAACAACAACUUCCUCAUAUCUUGCUCCUCGUCCUCUGCCCCUUCCUCGCCAUCGACAUCCUCACGUGCAGGCUCCCUCUCUUCCCCUGCGUCUCCCAUGUCUCCGUUUAGGCCCUUCCAUCAUGAUACAGGAACCAUUAAGAGAAAUGGAGGGACCCUGCUUCGGCACCCGAGUAAACAUCAGGCUCCACCAGCCAAGAUGUACGUGUCUCUCUAUCCAGAGAUGAGUGUACCUGCUACUUACGGCCGAACUAAUGGUCUUCGCGAGCCCCAAUUGGAUCGAGAAUCUUUGAUCAAACGCUCGAAUUCCAAUCAACAUAUGAAUGGUAAUCAGACUGGCUCGACUUCCUCCAUAAAUUACCACCAUCAUUACCGACAUGUCCCCCCCGAGUUUGUCUGUGCUCAGCAGAAAAAAACUGGCACACACCACAACGAGCGGAGGGGCGGUGGUGGAGGAGGAGGAGGAGGAGGAGGAGGAAGUAAUAUUUGCCACUACGCCACAAUUCAAAGGCGAUCCCACGGGCAAAACAAUGUUUGCGGCACCUCCAGCUCCACCAAUAACUCUCUCAUGCAUGAGCCAGAGCCAGUCAGCAGCAAUGGUUGCAAUCCGGGCGCUGGGGGUUCUUCCUCGUUGGCUUUCCGGACAACCAAUGCUUACAAUCGUUUGCCCAGUACACGGAGCCACGAUUUGCCUUUGUCAGAUGUGAGGACACUAGCCUCGUCUGUCUCCAUUGAGGGUCAUGCUAACUCCAAUAACUCAGUCCCGAGUUUCUCAGCACGUACGAGUAACAACGAUCUCCAUCUGACCAUCCAAGCUCUACAGCAACAGCAACUUCUCACUCAGAAAAAGGCCCAAGUCAAUUGCCGAGGACAAAGGGAUAAAUUCUCCCAGCCUCAGGGAUUUAACAGAAACCAGUCUAGAAGUCGGAGCACCAGUAGCAGUAGUAGUAGCAGCAGCGCUGGUAGCAUUGCCAGCCAUGGCUCAGAGUCUGACACUGAUAAGGAUGUGUACGCCCUUGAAGAGAAAAUCCGAAAACAGUCCUCAUUUCCCUCCCUAUUCCAAUCAAGGCCGUUCAAGAAGCCUCCCUUCACCAUUGAGAGUGCCAUGAGCGCCGUCUAUCAGAAGAAGAACAAAAACAAGAAGAAACCCUCCAACGGGUGCGAUGUUAGUCAAGCAACAAAUGAUUUGAUACUCUCCUCUCCAUUUGCUCAUCGAGAUGAUAGCCAGAACAAUUCCAAUCACAUAUCGCACUCCUCAAAAGCCUCUCUUCAGAACAAUGCAGAUCUGCAAGAUUCCUCCUUGAUGUCAGUAACGCAAAUUCAGUCCAUUCAGCAGGAACUAAUCAACCAACAUAGCAUAGCCACUUUGGGCCCUUCUGAGCCUUCGGAUCCACCUCCACUCCUGCCGACAUCCGUCUCUUCCAAUCAAGAUGGUAAAUCCCGUGGGAAAAGGCCCAGGAAGGAUGCUCGAGCCAUUCCUGGCCUCACGCCCGGAGGAUCCAACCACCACUCCUUGAUCCCUGGGGAUCUCACCGCAUCGACAACGGCGAUCCCUCAAAGCCAAGAGGAGGUCAGGGGAGGCAAGUGGGGCCAAGGAAGUAAGGCGCCCGUGUCUGCUCAUCACAUGAGCUCCAUUUUGGCACGUCUCAAGAUCUCUGGUGAUCCCGUUAAUGGGCGAGAGGGUCUCAUCCAGGAUCAGCAACCCUCUUUGCAUCCUAGCUACCAGGCCGCUUUGGAGCGAAAAGAGAGAUUGGAUGAAAUCAAAUCUGUGGAGGAGAGUGAUCCAAUGCUCAUUGACUCCAAUUCGUCCCUGUCGCCACCUUCCAAUUCCCCCUUGCCGCCGCCUCUCCCAGCAAAAAAUGCCACUACCUUAUCCACCAUAGCACAGGUGAAUUCGCAAGAAAUCAAGGGCAAUGGACACGUUCUUCGACGGAGCAUGGAUCGGGAGGCUAAAAUCCCGCUCAUCAGUAAAGAACCCACCCCAUUUUCAGCGGCCGAAGAUGAUGUCAAUGAAGAAACUGAAACUGGUGAUGGCGAUGACACCGAUCACCGAAAACGAAGAAAACGAAGGCAUUUACGACGCAAAAAUGGCGAAAAAGAACGUCAAAAAGACAAACAGGAUCCCAAUGGUAUCGACCCCGACGAUGACGGAAGAAACGACAACGAGGAUCUGGUCGAGAAUGAAAUGGAAUAUUGCGAUCCAUGUUAUUGUUACGGCAAGUGCUGCCUUGACGUGGUCGCUUCCAUAUUCUGUGUAUCUCUUCUAUGAGGAUGGAUUACAUCCCAAAGAAGGUUCUUCAGCGCGACAGAAAGACAAACGGCAACGAAAUAAAUGUCACGUUUGCAACACGUGGACCACGAUUCUCGGUUGCCUGUUGUUAUUAGCGCCUCAAGCCGAGCAAGAAAGCCCUGAGUAUGACGGUCUUUUUCAAGGACAUCCCUCCGACGAACAAGAAAUCAGUGUCUCUCAGUAUUCUGGACCAGUCUUCAUCGCUUGAGAAAGGUGACUUUGUGAAGUGGACCUCGUGAGCUAGUGGCAUGGCUUUAUCGGGAAAAUCCUGCCCACAAUGGGAUGGAUGUCUCAUUAUCAUUCCACUUGGCAUUUGUCGUAUUGAUUUUGAGAAGUGUAGCUCGGACAUUAAAAGGAAAGCUAGCUCAUCAUUUCAAGUUGCUUUUCUCUUCCUAGGGUGGCCCAAUGAUUGGAAUAUAACAAUAUUAUCCAAUGCAAACACCGAAUAUUUGUCAGUAUUUUACAAAGGCCGCCGAAUUUUUGCGAAUACGAAAUAAAAUUCUUUAAGAAUAGA